GUGAACUCAGAAGGAAAGGCAUACCCUCGUUAUACUCUGAAUCCAAGUGCUGUAGUUUCCCAGGUAUACCAUACCUUCCUUCGUUUCCUACGUUUUUGACAAAAGAACACAGCGGAGAAAAUCAGUAACUGACAACUCCAAUCACAAACCCAGAACCGAUCCAAUGUCAGAGGAUGAGGCAGCCCCAACGGUUCUUGAUCUAACGAGUUACCAGCUUCACGAUCUCAACUCAGUGGAGCUUCCUCCGAGUCUCACCGAGUUAGACUUAACAACGAACCGUUUGUCCGCUUUAGACCCCCGUAUUUCCCAACUCCCUAACCUCAAGAAGCUCUCUCUUCGUCAGAACCUUCUUACCGAUGCUGCCGUUGAGCCUCUUUCCUCUUCCCACGUCAUUUCUGACAUUGAGGAGCUAGUGCUUAGGGACAAUCAGCUGAAGAAAAUUCCCGAUGUUGAGAUAUUCAAGAAGCUUCUGGUAUUUGAUGUUUCUUUCAAUGAGAUAUCAUCACUUAAUGGAUUGUCCAAGGUCUCCAGUACACUCAGAGAACUAUACGUGUCUAAAAAUGAAGUCACCAAGAUGGAGGAGAUUGAGCAUUUCCAUGAGCUACAAAUACUCGAACUUGGGUCCAAUAGAUUACGGGUUAUGGAGCUUCUGGAAAAUUUGAAAAAUCUACAAGAGCUAUGGCUUGGUCGCAAUCGUAUACGAACUGUUAAUUUAUGCGGUUUGAAAUGCAUUAAAAAGAUUAGCCUGCAGAGCAACCGUUUAACUUCCAUGAUUGGGUUUCAGGAAUGUGUUGCCCUUGAAGAGUUAUACUUGAGCCAUAAUGGUAUUGCAAAAAUGGAAGGUUUGUCUACCUUGGUAAACCUGCGGGUCUUGGAUGUAUCAGCAAAUAAGCUUACAGAAAUUAAUGACAUUGAGAACUUGACAAAAUUAGAGGACUUAUGGCUUAAUGACAACAAUAUAGCAUCAUUGGUAGGUCUGGCAGAAGCUGUUGCUGGUGCUAAAGAGAAGCUAACAACCAUCUACCUUGAGCGAAAUCCCUGUGCACAAUCUCCGAACUAUACAAGUUCUUUGAGACAAAUAUUCCCAAAUAUCGAGCAAAUUGAUUCUGAAGUGUAUGCAUAGGUGUUUUGAUGUGGAUUUUAUGCAUAAUUGAUGUCAAUCCCCAAGAAUAAUAACCUUUCUGAGUUCUAUCUUAUUAUCUGAGAGGUCCAGCUGAUAAGAUGCUGCAAAAAAACAACUUGCUAUGCCAUGAUUUCCAGCCCCUCCAUCAUUUCAGGAUUUUGGAAGUCCUGAAAAGAUGAAAUUACUGGGAGCUGCUGCCUAAUUACUGAUCUGGCGAUGACAUUUGCUUAUCGGUUUUGUCUUUGAAAAUAUUUACUUUUUUUUGGGGUCCUCGGACCACAAAAGGGUUCAAAUUGUUAAACUUUUUUCUCCAAAUGGGAAAUGUGAUCCUUCUCUCCACUUUUUGGUGUUUGUGUUUUGAACUUAAAGCAUCUAAACUGGUAGUAUCAACUGAAGAAAAAACGAGCAAAACAAGUGUAAAUUCG